ACUUGAACAAGCAAGUGCUUAGACUACGUACAUACACAUGGUUGCUCAGGCCACGCGUUACCACUGUUUAAGUUGCUAUCGACAGCUUGGACUUGGCUCAUCUGAGAGCGGUGCUCCAUCUCACACAAAAGCGCAGUACUCCAGCCCUGCGCCCUAAUUUCCUGUCAAUUGCUUCCUUGACGUCACAUUUCAUCGACAUCAGCGAUUCAGACCCACCUGCUAUUUGGUUUAAAGCCUGGACUUUUGAGUGGGAAGUACUGGCCUCGGGUCGACGUUGAUGUCUGAUAUCCCGUUGCACUCUCUCGGACGCAAAGGAAAAACACGAGCUGGGUACGUUCCUCUGAACGACGCCCAGGAUACCGAUAUGCACACGGGCGUUCUGAGAACUGCUGCGGCACGUAGUGUAAACUUAAACUUCAAGGGAAAGGGCAAACAACGCGAACGGUACACAGACGCAGACGAAUUUGAUGAAGAGGCAACUUUACUGGGGAACAGGGAGAGUACAUUGGAAGAGGUUGAAGAGGGAAGUACAAGUGAACAGUCGAAACGACCGUCCAGACGUUCUUCGACUAUAAGUACUAGAAGGACGCAGGACAAGUCCAGGAUAAUACCAUUCAGACCAAGAGAGAAAUUACAAUCCAAGUUUCCGCCCAACCUCGUACGGAAUCAGAAGUACAACAUAUUCACUUUCUUUCCUAUCGUCAUCUACGAACAGUUCAAAUUCUUUUUCAAUCUCUACUUCCUUCUCGUUGCCCUUUCUCAGUUCGUUCCAGCACUCAAGAUUGGAUUUAUUGUUACAUAUGUCGCACCCCUCGCAUUCGUAUUGUUCGUCACGAUGGGCAAAGAGGCCUACGAUGACUACAAGCGCAAUCUCCGCGACCGCGAAGCAAACUCCCAGAAAUACCUCACCCUCGUUCCCUCCUCUGACAGCGGUCCACAUACACGCUCUGUCCCUUCAUCUUCCCUCAAGGUAGGCGACCUCGUCGUGCUGGAGAAGAACCAGCGCGUACCGGCAGACAUGGUCCUUCUGCGCACUAGCGAUGCUUCUGGAACGUGCUUCAUCCGAACUGACCAGCUUGACGGAGAGACGGACUGGAAGCUUCGCAUUGCUGUUCCCGCUACCCAGAAGCUUGUCAACGACAGGGAGCUACUAGAUUUGGAUGCGGAAGUUUAUGCCGACGCUCCAAUCAAGGACAUCCACACCUUCAUCGGGACAUUUACUAUCCACACGCCCCGUACGCACUCUGUUGAUGAUGUGCCCAUGGUACAGGUUCCAACCGUCGAGCCCCUGUCUGCGGAUAAUCUCUUGUGGAGCAAUACUGUCUUAGCUGCGGGUUCUGCUGUCGGAUUUAUCGUAUAUACGGGCUCUGAGACGCGCGCCGUCAUGAACACGAGUCAUCCUGAGACCAAGGUUGGCCUACUGGACCUGGAGAUAAAUAGACUUGCCAAGAUUCUUUGCGCGGUGACGUUCGCGUUAUCGCUGGGACUCGUUGCGUUGAAUGGGUUCAGGGGACAGUGGUAUAUCUAUGUGUUCCGCUUCCUCAUAUUAUUUUCGUCUAUCAUCCCCAUCAGCUUGCGUGUAAACCUUGACAUGGGUAAGACGGUCUAUGCACAGCAGAUAAUGAACGACUCCGAGAUCCCUGGCACAAUCGUCCGCACGAGCACACUCCCUGAGGAGCUGGGGCGCAUAGAGUACCUUCUUAGCGACAAAACUGGGACUCUUACGCAAAAUGAGAUGGAGAUGAAGAAGUUGCACAUGGGAACCAUGUCCUACGGUUUCGAUAGCAUGGACGAAGUUGCUCACCAGCUCGCGAGCGCAUUUGGUGCUGAUCAAGUCCACGCAAGAAGCAAUUCCAUAGCUACAGGUGCACAACUUGCCAUGAGAGGACGAAGGGACAUGUCGUCAAGGCUCCGAGACGUAGUGCUCAGUCUUGCACUGUGCCACAAUGUCACUCCAGUCACCAACGACGAUGGCACCUUGACCUACCAAGCCUCCUCCCCAGAUGAAGUCGCAAUCGUCAAGUGGACAGAGAGCGUCGGGCUCACGCUCGUCUUCCGCGACCGCACACGCAUGGAGCUCCAAACCCCCACCGGUGCACGUAUCACCUACGACAUCCUCGACAUAUUCCCCUUCACAAGCGAGUCAAAACGCAUGGGCAUCGUCGUGCGAGACUCGCACAGCGGCGAGGUCCUUUUCCUGCAAAAGGGCGCGGAUGUCGUCAUGGCUCGUAUCGUGCAGCGGAAUGACUGGCUUGAAGAGGAAACAGGGAAUAUGGCGCGAGAGGGCUUGCGCACGCUCGUUGUUGCGCGAAAAAGGCUGACGUCGCAGCAGUAUACGGCAUUUAAGACUGCACAUCAUGCUGCAAGUAUCCGGCUUGAUGGACGCAGCGAGGCAAUGACUUCUGUUGUUGCGGACCACUUAGAGCACGACCUGGAACUGCUUGGCCUGACAGGUGUUGAGGAUAAGCUGCAGGAUGAGAUUUGGAUGCUAACGGGCGAUAAGAUCGAGACGGCGCGGGUCAUUGCCAUUUCGACGAAGUUGGUGGCACGGAAUCAGUAUAUUCAUGAGGUAUCCAAGUUGAAAACUUCUGAUCAAGUUCGGGACGAGCUGGAGUUCUUACAGUCGAAAUUGGAUUGUUGUCUGGUCAUUGAUGGCGAGUCAUUACAGCUCUGUUUGAACCUGUACAAGAACGAAUUCAUUGAGAUUACAACAAAGUUGUCGGCUGUUGUUGCUUGUCGCUGCUCUCCCACACAGAAAGCAGAUGUAGCCCGAUUGAUUCGACAUUACACCAAGAAACGGGUCUGCUGUAUCGGAGAUGGUGGUAACGAUGUUAGCAUGAUACAAGCUGCUGACGUUGGUGUUGGGAUCGUUGGAAAAGAAGGAAAACAAGCAUCCCUUGCUGCCGACUUCUCCGUCACCCAAUUCAGCUACUUAACCAAGCUCCUGAUGUGGCACGGCCGCAACUCAUACCGCCGGUCUGCAAAACUUGCUCAAUUCGUCAUCCACCGCGGCCUCAUCAUCUCGAUCAUGCAAGCCGUCUUCUCCGCUAUCUUCUACUUUGCCCCGAUUGCGCUAUACCAGGGGUGGUUGAUGGUAGGAUAUGCGACGAUUUAUACGAUGGCGCCUGUUUUUUCGCUGGUUUUGGAUCGUGAUGUGAACGAGGAUCUUGCGUUGAUAUACCCGGAGUUAUACAAGGAACUGACCAAGGGACGUGCUCUAUCCUUCAAGACGUUCUUCCAAUGGUUGAUGAUUAGCGUAUACCAAGGCGCAGCCAUCAUGAUCAUGUCCCUCCUCUUAUUCGAAACCGAAUUCUUGAAUAUUGUGUCCAUCUCUUUCACGGCUUUGGUCAUAAAUGAACUUAUCAUGGUUGCACUAGAAAUUACAACCUGGCAUAUUUAUAUGGUCAUUUCGGAAGUGGUCACGCUCUUCUUUUAUGUUAUCAGCAUCGCUUUCUUACCGGAGUAUUUCGACCUCGAUUUCGUCGUGUCCACUCGUUUUGCAUGGAAAUUAGCAGUCAUCGUAGCAGUCAGCGCGCUUCCCCUGUAUGUCAUCAAGCUCAUUCGUAGUAGAGUCGCGCCGGCAGCGUCGAGCAAGUUGCUAUAACACUUAUGCACUAUGUAACUUGACGGAUCACUCCAAAUCUGACAUCUUUA